GAUGGCUGCUUGCAAUGAGUCGUUUUCUAAACUUUCAAUGUGGUGCCUUUUAAUUGUAUUUUCAUUAUUAUGCAGUCUUUGCAGCACAGAAAGGACCCUUAAGAUGACACAUGUGCUGUUUCGACAUGGCAAUCGUUCUCCAAUUGCAGCAUAUCCUGCAGACCCUUAUCAGGAAGACAGUUGGCCUCAGGGAUUCGGACAACUCACUCAGAAAGGCAUGAGGCAACACUAUGAACUCGGCCAAUGGUUCCGGAAACGCUAUGGUACAUUUCUCAAUUCAUCUUAUGUGAGGACAGAGAUUUCUGUGCGUAGUACCGCUUAUGACCGUACCAUCAUGUCUGCACUGAGUAACUUAGCCGGUCUCUACCCACCAUCUAAUAAACAAAUAUGGAAUAAAGAGUUGCUAUGGCAACCCAUUCCUGUGUUUUCUGUACCAAAGGAGGAUGACUUUCUUCUUUCAAUUGAUCACACCCCCUGCCCAAGAUAUAACGAAAUUCUCGCAGAGGCGGCAACUAAGAAGAAUAACUACCUCAGUAAACAUAAAAGUUUCCUCCAGUCUAUCGCAAAGUACUGCGGGUUCGAUUCAAACCCUGUCUCGUUUAAAAACUACUCUAGAGUCGCGGAUACAACUUUUUUUGAGAGGGAAGAUGGAAGGAAGCUGCCAGACUGGGCCACUCCGGAUGUAAUACAGAAACUUAUCAAUGUAAUAAAUGUUUACUACACCAUAGAAUCGCAGAUGGGUGAUGAGUUUCUGAGGCUCGGAGCAGGUCCAAUUUUACAUGAAAUUGUUGGUCAUCUCAAGAACAAAACUGCAGGAAAAGAAACUAGAAAAAUGUUCAUGUACAGUGCACAUGAUGAUAAUGUAGAGUCCCUCUUAGCAUCUUUACAAGUAUUCAAUGACCUUUGGCCUCCAACAGCCAGUUGUGUGAUCAUUGAACUGUAUCAAGAAGAUAACAAGUCAUUUACAAUUGAUGUACUAUUUAAAAAUGCCUCCAAUAAGGAGCCAGAGAAGCUACACAUGCCAGGCUCCUCUGGGCCGUGUACUCUAGAGCAUUUUUACAAGAUCACCGAGCACCUAUUACUGAGUGAUGUAAAGGCUGCAUGCAAAUCCAAAAAGGAUCACGGUGGAGGAACUUUCUUACCUGAAACAUGGAAUACAGGUUGGACUCUUCUUGCUAUUUUCACAGUCCUCGCGUUUCUAGUGGCUUUCGUUAUGGUGGUGUCUCUCUGCAGAAACUUCCAGCGAAGCAGACGAUUUCAGAAAGCGCGACAGAUGCAACCAAUCAAUUUCCAUCUUCUUGGUCACGUGGGCACAGACUCCGAAGAUGAAUCGGUGUUUGAUACCUAGACAGUUAUUGGCAAGUUUGUCUUCAAUUUUUUAUGUUGUAUAGUGCGCCAUGACACUUGUGUCCUUGAUUUAUCGUAAUUGCUUCCCGCCACCAAGGAGUACAAAUAGGUACUUGCAAAUCUUGGGAGUAAACUGUGAUCAGGUGAUGGACUCAUUUACUGGCAAUUCAGUCUAGGGGGAAUAGAAAUAUUCUCAAGCCUGGUUCAGACUUCCUGCGAAUUUGAAUAAGAAUUUUAAUGUCACAGCUUCGAUUUUUGCUGCAAACAUUGCUUCGACAAAAAAAUCUUUCAAAUUUAUCCAGUCAGUUUCCCUUGUGGUUUGUAUUGAUAUCUAAAAACUUUUUGUUGCGAA